AUGUUGACCCAAGACAGAGAUGAAGAGCUUGUUUUGUUCCUAGAGAUCGGCCGUCUCGAGAAAGAAUCUUCUGAUCAUUGUAAGAGUACUAGGUCGACGACGUCCAUGUCGUCUCAACAAUAUCCACUUCGGAGAACUGCCGCCGAUAAUUUUUUGUACUCUGAAGACGAGAAGUCUGAUUACGAUUGGCUGGUUACGCCACCAGGCUCACCGAGUAAAAGCUCAAUGAACCAACUCGAUGCACCCGAUGCCACCUUAAUGGCUCUUAAAUCCCAGGUACUAACUUGGCUAUUAUUUUGUCUUUAUGUGCAUUAUUCUCUUACGUUGGUUUCUUUAUUUCUACAGUUAGAGAGCUGCCGCGAAGAAGAGAGGAACAAAACAUCAUCCAAAAACCAAACUAUUGGGCUCAAACGACCCUCAUCCUCUAACAGCUCAAGGUCAACGACUAGACCUUCUACACCAGACAGAAUGUCUGCAACUCCAGCCAGAAGGUCAAAGACGCCAACCUCGCGUGUUACCUCAACAGCUGCACGCGCUAACUUAACCUCGUCCUCUACUAGUAGCUCAAGAUCAACGAGCAGACCUUCUACGCCAACCAGAAGGCCUUCUAGCUCUGGAACUUCACGUGCCACAUUAACCUCGUCUUCUACUAGCAUCGUAAGACCAAGGAGCAGACCUUCUACACCACCAAAAAGGCCUUCUAGCUCUGGAACUUCACGUGCUAAUUUAACAACUGCCCGUGCCACUACCGGUACAGCCACGUCUAUACGAUCCAGUAUCCGGCCAAUCUCGGCAAACAGUACAAAACCGGGAUCUAGGUCAAGUACUCCAACUCGCCGUCCACCAACUCCGCCAGGUUCAUCAACUGUAUCGAGGAUUAAACCAACUAAACCAGAAUGUAAACCGGUUCCUGUUCCUGCAUUGAGAUCACGGCCAUGGGAACCUUACGAGAUGCCUGGUUUCUCUCUAGAAGCGCCGUCAAAUCUCAGGACUACGUUACCAGACAGACCACAAACGGCGUCAAGUCGCAGAACCACAGCGUUUGGUGCGUCUAGUUCAAGAUCAGCGUCCAUAGAACGCACGGUUGCAAGGAGACAGUCUUGUUCGCCUUCUAGAAACCGAGCUCCCAUAAACGGACCUGGACGGGCAAAGAAAAGCAAUGAUAGUGGUGAUUUGAUCAGCCCUGUAGCUAAGGGGGCUCAAAUGGUCGAGAGAGUUGUGAAUGCGAGAAAACUUGCUCCACCGCGAGUGACUGAAAAAGGUGGCUCCAACGCUGGGAAGGGAGCUGAUGGUGUUGGGUUUGGGAGAAACCUAUCUAAAAGUUCCUUUGAUAUGGCCUUGAGGCAUAUGGAUAUCAAACAAGGGAGCAUGAAAGGCAAUUUCCGACAGCUAGCGACGAAAGUUCCAGCAGCUUCAUUGUACAGUGUAGGGUCAUCAGGGAACAGGAGAAAGCGUCCGGUGAGCAGCAGUGGGAGCUCGGAAUCAUCGAGUGCUAACAUCUUGUGUUUGGACGCUAGCGAUGAUAAUCGCAGCGACAUGAGCUACUAGAGUCAACUCAACGUCAUUUUCUUCUUUUCAUUUGCAUAUUCUCUUCCUCUUAUAUUAGAGAAAGAAAAAGACUCUAUAAAAAGGUCUUCUUGAGUUGUUUCUUGGUGAGGCUAAAAAUAUUCUUACUGGUAUUGUCUCGUAUUAUAUUUACCUAAGACUCAAGUGUUUAGAGCGGCCAUGUUUUUGUUUGGUAUAUGCAUUUACUGUGGCUAAGAGACCAUUGUUUUGCAAUUUAUAAAGAG